AUGACGGUGCUCCGGCGAUCCCUCUUCUCCGGCUUCAAUCUGGUUCCUCGCCUGGUUAGAUGCCAGUGGUUGGCAGCCAACCCGCUUGGCUCAGGGGAGACAGGGCUUAUCACCGGCGGCGCCAGCGGCAGAGGAAGCAGUGGGAGGUUGGAGCUCUUACCGGACGCCGAUGCUGUGGAUAGGCUGCUUCUUGGAGCGUUGAGAGAUGGCGGAGCGGCCCGGCUUGACAAACCCUGCGACAGAUUCGAUGAGGCAGAUCUGUCUGUGGUUGAGAAUCGCUUGUUCCACCACAUAUCCUGUGGGAAGGUCGACCUUGCUCUCCUUCUCUUCGAGAAGAUCGAUCGCCCUGGGGUCUUCCUGUGGAAUGCCAUGAUCAGGGCCUGUUCAUGGAAUGGCCGGCCGCGUGGUGCCGUCGACCUGUUCCGCCGCAUGAUCAGUUCCGGCGUCACGCCGAACAAAUUCACCUUCCCUUUCUUCCUCAAAGCGUGCUCGGGUCUUCUCGCCUUGAAUCACGGCAUGGAGAUUCACGGCCGGGUGAUGAGAAUCGGGCUGCACUCUGAUGUCUUCAUCUCUACGGCUCUGCUCGACUUGUAUAUGAAAUGCGGGCAGCUGAAGAUCUCCCGCCGGAUGUUCGACAAGAUGCCUCAGAGAGACAUUGUUGCAUGGAAUGCGAUGGUCGCAGGGUGCUCCCUUCACGGGAUGCACGAAGAUACACUCAACCUUGUCUUGGAAAUGCAGAGGGCAGGCGUCAUUCCGAAUUCCUCUACUGUCGUUGCCCUUCUCCCCACCAUUGGCGAGGCCAAGGCUCUGAGCCAGGUCAAGAGCGUCCAUGGAUUCUGUGUCAGAAGGUAUAUGGAUAAGGCGCAUGUCCUUGUCGGAACAGCUUUGCUGGAUGUGUACGCCAAAUGCCUUAGUUUAGACUACUCUGAGAAGGUCUUCGACGGCGUCACUGCAAAAAAUGAAGUCACCUGGAGCGCGAUGAUCGGAGCGUAUGUCUCCUGCGACCGCAUGGUUCAGGCUUUGGAAGCAUUCAAUCAAAUGGUUCUUGAUAAACACUAUCCUCCCACCCCCACCACUCUGGCCAGCAUUCUCCGAGCCUGCGCGAGGUUGACUGACCUAAGCCGAGGGAGACACCUUCAUGGCUACUUGACCAAAUCUGGGUUCUCUUCGGACAUAACGGUGGGAAAUUCUCUUCUGUCCAUGUACUCCAAAUGUGGAAAUGUAGGUGAUGCGCUCGUGUUGUUCGGUGAGAUGGGAACAAGAGAUACAGUCUCUUACAGCGCCAUAAUAUCCGGAUGCCUGCAGAACGGCAGCGCAGAGGUGGCUCUGCGUAUUUUCCGUCAAAUGCAGGCUUCCAGCACAGAGCCAGACUCUGCGACCAUGGUGGGCGUGAUCCCAGCCUGCUCUCAUCUAGCAGCUCUGCAGCACGGCAGAUGCAGUCAUGGCUACGUUGUUGUCCGUGGGCUCUCGUCGGAUACCUCCGUCUGCAAUGCACUGGUCGACAUGUAUGCAAAGUGCGGCAGGAUCACCCUCGCGAGGAACCUGUUCGAUAGAAUGUCUAAACGAGAUAUCGUGUCAUGGAAUACCAUGAUGUCCGGGUAUGGGAUUCACGGGCUGGGGAAGGAAGCGCUUUCUCUGUUCUUUGGCUUGCAGGCUGUUGGCUUGGAGCCUGAUGAUGUCACUUUCAUCGGUGUCUUGACUGCGUGUAGCCACUCCGGGCUGGUGGAGGAAGGGAAAGAGUUCUUCUCCGCCAUGUCUGAAAAAUUUAACCUCGUCCCGAGGGUCGAGCACUGCAUCUGCAUGGUUGACCUCCUGGGCCGCGGCGGGUUCCUGCAGGAGGCCCGAGAUUUCGUCCAGAAGAUACCCUUCGCGCAAGAUGUGCGCGUGUGGGGCGCUUUGCUCAGCGCCUGUAGGCUUCACAAGGAUGUCAAACUCGGAGAAGAAGUGUCGAGGAUGAUCCAGAAGUUGGGGCCUGAGGGCACGGGGAACUUCGUGCUAUUGUCGAACAUCUACAGCGCCGCCGGGAGAUUCGACGAGGCCGCGAGCGUCAGAAUCCUGCAGAGAGACCAAGGAUUCAAGAAGAGCCCCGGCUGCAGUUGGAUCGAGAUCAGGGGCAGGGUUCACGCCUUCGUCGGCGGCGACCGGUCUCACCCUUGCUCGUCAAAGAUAUAUGAGACCCUCGGUGAUCUGUUUAUCGAGAUGAGGAAGAUGGGCUACCGCCCUGACACAAGUUAUGUGCUGCAGAAUGUGGAGGAAGAGGAGAAGGAGCAUCUUCUCCUCUACCAUAGCGAGAAGCUGGCCAUAUCAUUCGGAAUUCUCACCUUGAGCGCCGGUCAGCCCAUUUUUGUCGCCAAGAACCUGCGUAUCUGUGGGGACUGCCACACUGCGACCAAAUUCAUCAGCAUGAUUACCAGAAGAGAGAUCACUGUGAGGGACGCCAACCGAUUUCAUCAUUUCAAAAAUGGAACUUGUAGCUGCGGAGGUUUCUGGUGA